AUGCGGAAAGCCGCUAAACGUGUGGAGCGGACGGAGGACACCACCUCCUCUGAACGCAAACAUCGGCGUUGUGUUGAGGAGGACGAGGAGGGAGGGCAGCGACUGCGAGCCGCCGGAACCCGUAAAGAGGGACCCACGGAAGACGAGGACUGGGAAGAUGUGUCAGAAGAUGAAGAGUCUGAUGGGAGUAAUAGCAGCGGCGUGGAUGAGCCUUUUAAUGAUGGAGUGGAGGAGGAGAUUGUUGACAGUUAUGACGAAGACGACGAAGAUUAUGCCGAGUUUCAACGCGAGGCAGAAGCCAUGGUAAAGGGGUUGCGGAAGGUAACAUUUGAUGACGAUUCGACCAAGCAGGAAAAUGAUGAAGACGAUACGGUCCCCACGGUCUGGCGCAGUGACUGCGUUGACGACCCGGAGGGACAAUGUCAGAAGUUGGAUUACUCUAACAAAGCGUAUGACUCAUUUUUUCAGUUGCGGACGGAAUAUCCUUCCCUCUCGUUUCAUGUGGUUCGGGAGCAAGAGUCCUCUACAGGUGGCGGCUGCACCACAAAGUACCCACUCUCACUGACCCUGGUGUGUGGUUCGCAAGCAGAGGAGUCAUCUAAAAAUCAGUUGUACAUCUUGCGUGUUACUAACAUUUGUCGCACGAAGCAUGAUGCUGGCAGCGAUAGCGACAGUGAUGACAGCUACAUAGGUGACGAGGGUGAAAGCGAAGACAGCAAUGAGGAUGAGGCACCUGAGGUGAAUAACGGAGAGCCCAUUGUACACCAUCGGACGAUUUCCCACCACGGCACUGCCAACCGUAUACGAUGCGCACACCGCAACCAAAAUUUGGUGGCGGUGUGGUCUGACGCGGGGAAUGUGCAGGUGUUCGAUAUUGCAAAGGAAAUAGGGAUGCUUUGCGACUACCCGAAUUGGAUAAAAGAGCAGGUGCGUUCGGGGGCACAGAGGAAACAAGCAUCACUACUGUUUUGCACUCCGUCAACAUCCCAUAAAACGGAGGGUUAUGGGCUUGACUGGAGCAGCGUUUCGGAGGGUGUCUUCGCCUCUGGUGAUUGCAAUGGUGAUCUAUUUGUGUGGAAACCAACCGAGGACGGUCGCUGGACUGCCGUCGCUAGUAAUACCGUGGGUAGCGAGAAAGGGGCACCAUCUGUUGAGGAAGUUCAGUGGAGCCCUACCCAGACGGAUGUUCUCAUCGCAACCCGCGUUGGCGGCACGGUUGAGGUGUGGGAUACGCGUGAUAUGCGCGGUUCGAAGAUACAUUGGCAAGCCGAUCCCACUGACAUCAACGUUGCUAAUUGGAACAAGGCGCUGCAGGCUUCUCACCUUCUUGUGACGGGUGCUGACAGCGGUGCUGUGGCUGUGUGGGAUCUCCGCCAUGUGAGCAGCGGGGUCCCGAUCCAGCAGCUCCCCUGGCAUCGUGGAAGCAUCACGUCCGUUGAGUUCUCACUACAUAAUGAGAGCGUCCUUGCCGUCGCGGGUGACGAUGGACAGUGUACACUCUGGGACCUGAGUCUUGAGCGUGACCCCAGUGAGGAGCAGGAGGUUGUUGGGGAACUUUUUGGGCGUCCCGAUCUCAGUGGGAUCCCGGAUCAGCUGAUGUUCCAACACCAAGGUCUUGAGCACCCGAAGGAGGCCCAUUGGCAUCCGCAGAUACCGGGCAUGAUGAUAACAACAGACUACGCUGGGCUGCAUCUUUUUAGGCCGAUGAAUUGGCGGUCACUGAUGAAGUGA